GUCUGGCCAGCGGGUGGGAAGCGACAGCCCCGCUCAAUCCCUCCAGCAACUGUCUCUUCUCUGCGACUGAAGUGGGGAGCCGGCGCGCCGAGCCCGGGAGGAUGCAGUGCCCGCUGUGGCCUGGGGGCUCCCAGGGGCUCUGGCUGCUCCUCUGCUUCCUGCUGCUGAACAGCCACACUGGGGGCUGCAGCGACAUUAGUGGCCACGAUGGUCAGGGCCAAGUGGGAGUGGGGCAGCUCUGGCCCCUCCAAGGAUUUACCACCCCGAUCUUCCAGCAUUUGCAAGUUGUACUCCAGCAGAUUGUGCCCCAAGGUUUGUUCUGGAAGGAUGACAUGACCCAGAAUGUGAUGACCCAGAAGAUGGGACAUAUCAGCCAACUCCACCCCCAGGAUCCAUGUGUGAGGGUUGGGCAGGCAGCCUCUCCCACCAAAACCACUGGGGCAAGGGGCAAACAAGAGGAGAAACUUCGGCUCCUAUUCCCCAAGAGCCCAGUGGUCAAGGUGAACAGGGAUCAGUGCUUUACCUCCAAAGUGGUUGCAAAGGCCCUGAAACGAGAGGUGGCCACUCCUGUCAAGGGCUUCUUUGAGUCAUCCCACACUGUGGGCCACAACCUUGUCGCUGACUGAGACCUCAUGCGAAGCCUUUUGCCCCAGUGCCCUUCCCUUUGCCCUCCCAAGGGGCAGUUCCAGCAUGACCUGAAUCUGGAUCAUUAAAGUGACUUUCACGCAAACUCUCUGUGACUUGCCCUGAGGCAGGAUGGGUGAUGUUUGGACCUGGCCAGGACCUCUGACCUGAGAGUGGGGGGACCAGAACAGGGGGAUGGGGUGAGGAGAGCUCAGUUGCUCCUUACUGCUAGAAGGCUGCCUCUGUCUUGUUUUUCUUCCAGUGACCAUUCCAGAAGUGGGAAGAGCGAGGGUGGGCCCGCAGCUGGAAUAGCAACCUUCUUUACCCACACCCAACUAUGCUGUGUGGUCCUUCCAUGUCAAGCCGGGACCCUGCUAUUCUGUGGUCCACCUCCAGCAUUCCUGCCAGGGUUUUCCUGCUUUUCAUGCUCCAAGAAUCUACAUAGAAGUGCUGUAAUGAAAGUGCACGCACAUUAAAUGUUUUGCUGACUCUU